CGUCUCCCCAUAGGUCGAAGCGGGCGGAGGGGGAAGGGGGCUCCUCUUUCCCGGCGUCCCUUUCUUCCUGUCAACCGGGAGAAAGCUAAGAUGGCGGCCUUGGCGACGGGCGGGGGGACGCCGAGUGACGGGGCUACCAGUUUCCAGCGGAAAGUUCCUGCUAGGAGCCGCCUGGCCGCUAUCGCGGGCACCCGGCCCUCGGUGCGCCACGGGCAGCUGCUGCUCUCCAGUGGGCUCCCCUCCCUGGAUUGUGUGCUAGGUGGAGGUUUAGCUGUUGGAACCCUUCUUCUUAUUGAGGAAGAUAAAUACGGUAUUUACUCCAACUUGUUGUUCAAGUAUUUCCUCGCAGAGGGAAUAGUCUGUGGACAUAAUUUGUUUGUUGCUUCUGCUAAAGAGGAUCCUGCUGACAUUUUAAAGGAGCUUCCAGCACCUUUGUCUGAUGAUGCCCUCAAAAACCAAGUGGAUGAGAAAGAAACCGCUAUUAAGUCUAAACAAGAAUCUCAGGAAUCCAUGAAAAUAGCCUGGCGUUACCAGAAUUUACCAAGAAUUGAGGUCAGUCCAGCAGCUUCUGCACGAUUUGGUCACUAUUACGAUGUAUCUAAAGUGGUGUCUCCAGAACUACUUCAAUCUACAAAGUGGCACCGUUUUUUCCUUCCUGAAGAAAUGUCUUUGCACCCUGAAAUAAAAACUUGUAAUAUGACUUGUGGUUACACCAGGCUGCUUCAGUCUAUCCAGAGGAUCAUAUACCAGGAAGGAUUUGAUGGAUCCUAUCCCCAGAAAAAACAAAAAAAUAUUCUGCGGAUAGGAAUUCAGAGCCUUGGUUCAGUUUUGUGGGGAGAUGACAUUUGUUGCGCUCAUAAUCCAGAAGAUAUUUAUAGCCUCACAAAGUUUCUGUAUGUUCUCCGUGGUCUCCUCAGAAUGUCUUUGUCAGCCUGCAUAAUCACCAUGCCAGCCCAUCUUAUCCAGAAUAAAGCAAUUAUGGAACGUGUAACAAACUUGUCAGAUACAGUAGUUGGUCUUGAAUCAUUUAUCGGCUCUGAGAGAGAAACCAAUCCAUUAUACAAGGAUUACCAGGGUUUGAUUCAUGUGCACAAGAUUCCUCAGCUUAAUAGCUUGAUCUGUGAUGUGUCAGGCACGAAGGACCUUGCUUUUAGAUUAAAAAGGAAGCUGUUCACCAUUGAGACAUGUGCUGGGUCGUCUCAGUGUGACACCUUCAUUUAACCAGAAGGGAUUGCUGAAGGCCAAACCAAAGCCAUUCUCCUUCCUCAGGAGCUGUGUCCUGUAGCACUCCCAAUUUCUGCUAGCCCAGGGAUAAAGGGAUGAGCUCAAGACCUGAACUCUGAGCCUCAGCAUAUCUGCACUCUGUCAGACCAUUAUAUUGCUGAACCAGGCACCCAAAAAUAUUUCACAGUUAUCAUUCACUAAAUGCAUUGAGAAUAGUGAUAACUGCAUAUUGACUCAAGAGGAUAAUAUUGCCAAGCUAUUUUUGCUGAUGUGAAAAAUUAAUCCUGUCAUCAACAUAUAUGGCAUAUAUGUAUGUGUGUACAGAGAGAUGCACAUCUUUGUAUAAUAAAGUUAUGUGCAAGUAAAAUUAUGUAUAUUAUAUACACACAUCUAUAUCUGUUUGAAUAGUUAUAUCAUCUAUUCCUAAGCUUCUUUCUCCAAGAAAUUCUCUAUUCAGAGCAACCUUCACUGAUGAUCAUCUCAAUUCUGAUUAUAUUUCACUUUUUUUUUAUAAAGGUGCAUUAUUUUCUAUUUUAUCAAUACAUAUGAAAUUAACUAACUAUUUCAGGUAACAUUUUU